AUGGACGAGACACGGCCACGUGAGGGCACGUCGGCAGACAAGACUUUUAUUCCCACCGGACAGUCCAAACAGUCGCUGUUGACAAGCCCACACCCCGGGCCCGAAUCUAUACCGUCGCCGCAGUCCGUUCCAGACGCAGGAGCUGCCGCCGCCGCCGCCGCCGCCAGCCCAGUCAUGCAGAUCUACCAUCAACAACACUCGGGUGGGAUCGAGGUGGUCCACGACAGCUAUGGGCUGCACCCGUCGUGCGCGCGCUGCAAUAACGUCAGUAGCAGCCAGGUCAAUUCCAUGUCGGAGGAGAAGAUCGCCGUGGUCUCGCCGCAUACGGUCGCCGCUAGUUCUUGGCCUGAGUCCAAUAGUCAGACGACUUGGAACAGCACCGCCAGUCAGGUCCCGGCAAGGGAGAAGAGGAUAUGUGGCUUGCGGCCUACGACCUUGUUCCUCUCGCUGAGCAACAUUCUUUUCGUUCUUGGUCUGGUCGCCUUGGGGGUAUAUCACGCCAUGGCGACCAAGGGUGGAAACACAAACCAGCCUGUGGCAGAAGCAGGCGUGUGCGUUGCACCAACAAACAACAACACCACCAACGCCACCAGCAAGCCCUCCGAUAGCCGCAACCCCAACAUCUGCUUCGACACGACCACGCCACCGGCCGCGCGCUCCCAGUACGGAGUCACGCGCGCCGACUGUCCUCGCGACGGCGACAAGCGAUACACGGUCCCGGGCACCAACAUGACCUUCACCCGGACCUGCGGCAUCGACUUUAAGGACAACGACCUCGGGUGGCUGCCGACCCCGACCAUGGAGGACUGCCUCGCCCUCUGCGCGCAGCUGAACCUGUACCCCAGCAGCGGGCGGGGUUCAUGCCUGGGAGUCACGUGGGUGUUUGGCGGUACGCAGGGUGAAGGGAUGAGCUUCUGCUAUCCAAAGUACAAGGUAGACACCAGGGGGGCGGGGGGAAACGAUAAAGAGAGUGCCAUAUUGGUCACGGGCGGUGCGGCGUAG